AUGAGAAACCACAGUGCUGUCCGAGAGUUUGUUCUCCUUGGACUGUCCACCAACCCCUACCUUCGGCCGCUACUCUUUGCCCUCUUCCUUCUGGUCUACCUCCUCACUCUGGUGGGAAACUCCUUGAUGCUGCUCGUGAUCGCGGCCGAUUCCCACCUCCACACACCCAUGUAUUUCUUCUUGAGACAACUGUCCUUCCUAGACCUGUGCCAUUCCUCUGUCACAGCUCCCAAGGUGCUGGAGAAUCUACUUUCUGAGGACAAAACCAUCUGUGUUGAAAGCUGCCUGGUGCAGGCCUUCUUUGUGUUUGCCACUGGUGGCACCGAGGCCUGUCUCCUCGCUGCCAUGGCCUACGACCGCUACGUCGCCAUCAGCUCACCUUUGCUCUACAGCCAGGUGAUGAGUCACCGGCUCUGUGUGGGGCUGGUGUGGCUCUCCUGGGGUCUGGCCUUUGCUGAUGCUCUCCUCAAUAUCCUCCUGGCUGCCAGGUUAGAUUUCUGUGAGGACCAAGCGAUUCCUCACUUCAGCUGUGAGCUGUCUUCUCUCUUCCCUCUGUCCUGCUCCGAUACCUCUACCAACUUCACACUCCUGCUCUGCUCCUCGGUCGUGCAUUUCUUUGGGACCCUUGUUAUGAUUGUUGGCUCUUACGCCCGAAUUGUCUCCACUGUCCUGAGGGUCAGCUCCACGGCAGGCAGAAGCAAGGCCUUCUCCACCUGCUUGUCCCACCUCACGACUGUGAUCUUGUUCUAUGGCUCAGGUUUCAUCAGCUACCUUUUACCAGCUUCAGGGUCCCCCCUGGAAAUGGUCUUCUCUUUGCAAUACAGCCUGAUCACCCCCAUGCUGAACCCCCUCAUCUACAGCCUGAAGAACAAGGAGGUGAAGGCGGCUGUGGGAAGAAUGAUCAGAAAGCAUUUUUAA